UUGGCCAAAAAUUUUGUAAUAUCAUUAAAAUGCUUUAUAAUAAUAUUUAUAGUUCGGUUUCUUUAAAUCCAGGUGUUACUCCCCAAUUUAAAGUUAAUAGAGGUAUUCGUCAGGGUUGCCCCAUUUCCCCUAAACUGUUUAUAUUAGCCACUCAAUUACUGACACUUCUUAUGGAGCAUAGACAAGAUAUUCAAGGAAUUCGAAUUUUCGAUAAAGAAUUCAAAAUCAGUCAAUUUGCGGAUGAUACUGCAUUAUUUCUGAAAAAUAGUACAAUGAUUGGUAAAGCUCUUCAUACAAUCCAGUUCUUCUCCAAGGCAUCAGGCUUAACACUAAAUAUUAAGAAAUAUGAAAUUCUCCCCAUUAAUUCUUGCCAAUACCAAGUUAUAGAAUCUAUUAGAGUUGUUAAUGAAGUAAAGUAUUUGGGCGUGUUGAUAUCUAAAGAUUUAUCAAAGAGAGAAGAAAUCAAUAUUACUAAGAAAUUAACAGAUAUGAAAAGAAAUU